AUGCGUCUUUCAGCCGAUUGGGUUAAUUUGCUUAAGUGUGUUGGUCAAGAGUUCAGAGAUGGUGUAGAUGAUUUUAAGGCUUGUUUGUCCAAAUAUGCCGUUGAAGUUGGUUUCAAGUAUAAAUAUCUGAAAAAUGACAGAUCAAGAGUAACGGCCGAGUGCUGUAAGAAGCUGGAUGGUUGUACAUGGUUUAUUCACGCAACUUUAGAAAGAUCGAAUAAUUUUUUUGUUGUUUGGGAGUUUCACAAAGAGCACAACUGUCUUGGUACAUUUUUUAGUUCAAAAAAUCCUCGGAUGACCUCAAAAAUUAUUGCCAAAGAAAUUGUUGAGGAGAUUCGUUCGAAGCCAUCUUAUACACCGAUAGAGUGUUUGAAACAUUUUGAGGGACGAUAUGGUUGUUUGAUUGGUUAUUACCAUGCAUGGUUAGCAGUUGAGAAAGCAAAUAAUGAGCUAUUUGGUGAUUUUCAAUUAUCUUUUGACAAACUCCGCUGGUAUGCUGAGGAAUUUAAUGAGAAAAACCCGGGGACUGUUAUGGAUGUGGAAUAUUGCAAUGAGACUAAUCGGUUUAUAAGGUUUUUCCUGGCUUUUGAUGCAUGCAUUAAAGGCUUCAACUAUUGUCGUCCUAUUUUGGCUGUUGAUGGUACCUUUUUGAAGGGGAGAUACAAAGGAACGCUUCUCUCAGCUAUAGGAAAGGAUGCCGAUCAAGGAUUAUUUCCUCUUGCUAUCGGUGUUGUUGACUCUGAGACAGAGUCAAAUUGGCAAUGGUUUUUGGAGAAGCUGUCGACAGUUAUUACGUGUUCUCGGCCUCUUACGUUCUUUACGGAUCGUCACUCUGGUCUUGUAAAGUAUGUGCCUUCAGUUUUCCCAACUGGUUAUCACUCUUACUGCUUGCAGCAUUUGAAGGGAAACCUUAGGGAUAAGCUUUCAGGUCGACUCUCGAAUGAGUUUAGGGAGAAAGUAGUCAAUCUUUUCAAUGAUUGCGCACAUGCUCCUACUGUGAUAACUUUUGCCAAGGCUCUUGAAGAGCUAUGUACUGUUGGUGGAGCGAGUGCAAAGAAUUUUGUUGAGUCAUUGCCGCUUAAGAGAUGGGCAAACGUGUACUUUGAAGGUAGACGAUAUGGUGAAAUGACUUCAAAUGCAGCUGAGUUAUUUAACAACCAGAUUCUUAAUGGAGAAAAAAUUGAUUGA